UGACAAAUUAUAUUUAUUUUAAAUUAUUCCCCCCAAAUCUUGAAUUUAGCACUUUUACCCCGUUACUUUCUUAUAAAAAUUUCAGCUUUCCCGCCCACUGAAUUUUCCACCCAAAUAUCUCACUCUCUCUCACUCACACAGAGAGUAGAUGCAGCCAAGUCCUCUUUGUAUCAAUCUCUAGCGGUUUAGGGGUGGGGGUGCCCAUUGAGCCAAAAAUGCCUGAUUUUGGCCUUCUUUUGGAUCCUCCAUUACCAUCAGCACCAGAAGAAUCACUGUCUUCAUCUUUAGCUUUGAUUUCUUGCCCAAAUCUCGAAGUUUCCAGUGAAUCUGAUACCCAAAUGCAUGAACUAGUUGCUGACCGAAAUUCCCAGCUGGGGUUCCCGAUUCCGCAGAAAGAAGAGUUGAAACCGGUAAAUAAUGGUUGUGUUGAGUUGGAACAGAAAGAAGACGAGUUGGGAAUCAGUGUAUUGAUACCCAAAUCCAGUGAAUCUGAUACCCAAAUGAAGGAACUAGUUUCUGACCGAAAUUCUCAGUUGGGGAUCACUAUUUUGCUGAAAGAAGACGAGUUGAAUCCGGAAAACAAUGGGUGUGUUGAGUUGGAACAGAAAGAUGACUUGAAACUGGAAAAUAAUGGUUUUGGUGAGUUGGGAAUCAGUGUAUUGAUACCCAAAUUCAGUCAAUCCGAUACCCAAAUGCAGGAACUAGUUUCUGAUCGAAAUUCCCAGUUGGGUUUCCCUAUUUUGCUGAAAGAAGAGGUGAAGCCAGAUAACAAUGGGUGUGUUGAGUUGGAACUGAAAGAAGACGAGUUGAAACUGGAAAAAAAUGGUUAUGGUGAGUUGGGAAUCAGGGAUUUGAUACCCAAAUCCAGUCAAUCUGAUACCCAAAUGCAGGAACUAGUUUCUGAACGAAAUUCCCAGCUGGGGUUCCCUAUUUUGCAGAAAGAAGAGUUGAAACCGGAUAACAAUGGUUGUGUUGAGUUGAAACUGGAAGAUAGUGGUUGUGGUGAGUUGGGUAUCAGUGUUUUGAUAACCAAAUCCAGUGAAUCUGAUACCCAAAUGCAGGAACUAGUUUCUGACCGAAAUUACGAGUUGGGUUUCCCUAUUUUGCAGAAAGAAGAUGAGUUGAAACCGGAAAGCAAUGGUUGUGUUGAGUUGGAGCAGAAAGAAGACGAAUUGAAACUGGAAAAUAAUGGUUGUAGUGAGUUUGGAAUCAGGGAUUUGAUACCCAAAUCCAGUCAAUUUGAUACCCAAAUGCUGGAACUAGUUGCUGACCGAAAUUCCCAGCUGGAGUUCCCUAUUUUGCAGAAAGAAGAUGAGUUGAAACCGGAAAGCAACGGUUUUGGUGAGUUGGAGCAGAAAGAAGAUGAAUUGAAACUGGAAAAUAAUGGGUGUGGUGAGUUGGGAAUACAGGGUUUGAGGCCAAGUGGUGGUGGGUCGGUGGCGAAAAAGAGUUUGGAUGAGUUUGUUAUAGAUUGGGUUGAGAGGAGGGUCAAUGCUGGUAUGGAUAAACGCAAAUGUGUAUUGCCAUUCCUUAUUCAUGCUCCGAAAUCGGUUGAGUGCUCUGUUUGUCAACGAUCAAUUUUUCCAGGUGAUGAGGUAGAAUGCUCUGUUCGAGAUUGUACGUUAGUUUUCCACUUAGAAUGUGCUAAAGAAAGACUUGGGUUAUCUUCUCCCAAAAUGUUUAAGUGCCCUCAACAUGUAUGUUAUGUUUGUAAUAAAAAGAUACAUCUCUGGCGGUGCAUCAGAUGUCCACUAGCAUCACAUGAUAAGUGUGCAGCAUUUCCGGAGCAUGUGGUUCAUUUAAAUGAUCAGCCAGGGCGAGUUAUUUGUUGGAAGCAUCCAUCCGAUUGGCAUUUGGAGAAGCAUGAAGUCCCAUCAAGUAAUUUGGAGGAGAUAUUCGCUAAUUUGCCUGUACCAUAUGUUGAUGAGGAGUUCAAGAUUGACAUAAAUUGGAAAGACAUGAUUGACAACAGAUCUGAACCACCUCCAUACGUGCAUAUCAAGAGAAAUGCUUACCUCAUUAAGAAAAAACGUGACGGCGAUAUUGCUGAUAUUGGGUGCACAAACUGCAAAUCCACAGAAUGCUUGGACAAUUGUGUUUGCAGGGUUCAAUGCAUAAGUUGUUCGAAGGCGUGCCAUUGCUCUGAUACGUGCUCAAACAGACCAUUUCGGAGAGAUAGAAGGAUAAAAGUUGUCAAGACUGAACUUUGUGGUUGGGGGGUAGUAGCACUUGAAUCCAUAAACAAAGGUGAUUUCAUAAUUGAAUACAUUGGCGAAGUUAUUGAUGAUGCCUUGUGUGAAAAAAGGCUAUGGGACAUGAAAUACAAGGGAGUCCAAAAUUUCUACAUGUGUGAACUACGGAAAGAUUUCACAAUUGAUGCAACUUUCAAGGGAAACUUGUCCCGUUUUCUCAACCAUAGCUGUGAUCCUAAUUGCAAGUUGGAAAAAUGGCAGGUUGAAGGUGAGACUCGAGUUGGUGUCUUUGCUGCUCGAUACAUUGAAGUAGAAGAACCUCUGACCUAUGACUACAGAUUUGUUCAGUUUGGAUCAGAAGUGAAGUGCCAUUGUGGAGCUUCGAAUUGUCAAGGAUAUCUUGGCAGCAAAAAGAAAAUCACAAGUAAACUGGACAUCUGCUGGGGAUCGAAACGCAAGAGAACAUCUACUUCUUGCCUCGCGAUCAUUAAAUCAAAUUCAUGUUAGCCUAUUUAUUCUUCAUUCGAUCAUUUUCCUAUAUCGCGUUUUCUACAAAAAUGAAAUAAACCAAUAGAAAGCCAUUGCAAAAAGGAGAGGAAAGAAAGGAACAGAAAGAUUGCUGUUAUAAGCAUUGUUACAUUGAUUUAUACUGUCAUAGUUUAUUUCACUUUCUUACAUUAUAAAGAUUAAGUUCUGUUCA